UGGCGCAACAGUCAAAGAAGCAGAAGCCGAACGGCGGCUGUCUGCGUCGGCCGUCGGCCUUGAUCAUCGUCAGUAAACAUUAAACACUCGUUGUUGAACGUGAAUAUAAGUGUGUAUUCGUGAUUGAAGACGCAAUAGGUUCCAAUAAAGUAACGACAGUGUCUAAUGAAUUGUUGCAAGUGUGAAUGAGUACUGGCAAGAAAAGCGUCUGGUUAAAAGACGCAAGGGGAAAUGUUCUAAACGGUGAAGAGGGCGAGACGAUUACCGAUUGAGAGGGGUAAAGAGAGAGAAAAGGAGUGAAAGGAAGAAGAAAAACAGCAAUAACAAGGGUGGGUGUAGCAAAACGCUUCAUGUGCGUGAAGCGGGCGCGUGGUACGCUCGGCGCUACCACAAAUGAGCUCAGAAACAUUAGCUGCGGCGGCGCCACGGUGGGAAGAUGUCAAACGUCUCGCCGUCACAACUGGUAAAUGGUGAUAACGACAUUUGCGUCGGCGUAGACUUUCAGGAAUAUCACGAAGACGGACAUCAUCGCGACGAGGACAUUAGUGCAUUCUCUUUAGGAGCAGUGGAAGGUGUAACAUCCAUUGACUAUUCUGAAUCACGUACAUCAUUAUCAUCAUCAUCUUCAUCGUCGUCUUCAUCAUCUUUGUUGUCACUGGAGACUCCAAUUGCUGUCAGUAGUAGUAGCAGUGCGGUAACAGCCGCAUACAACAUGGUAGCGGCGAUGAACGAACACUUGUCGUCCUCGUCGGCGACCAACAGCGCUCGUACGAGCGCCCACAACGAAUUUACAAGCGGCCACGCGGCUGAGAACGAAGACAGUAAACCAGCGCCCGCUGGUAUACUCACUUUUCCUUGUGAUUUUGAUCACAUGUACGCGAGUAUGACCGACGGUGGCACCCCGGCUGUCGCGGCCACUGCUACUUCAGCCCUUGGCGUCAGUCCUCUCAGAGGCAACGAGCCUAGACUCAAUGACCUUGCUGAGGUCAAACACCUCAAGGAAUUGUUGCUCCUUCAUCUUGAUCUCAUUCAACAGCAGUCUGAACAAAUUGUUACAAAAGAUAAACUACUCGCGGCUCUUAGACAAGAAAAUGAAACGCUUAAACUGCGCUUGGAGCGUAUGGAUAGAAGAGUUAACCUCCAGAAGUUACGAUCGGAAAGUACAGAAAAUUCCGUUGCAUCUGAUAACACUGGGCCAUGCUCACCACCAAAUUUACACUCUGUUAAUGCAACAUUAACAACAGGAGAUCAUCAAAAAAAUAUUUCCUCUGAGUGUAAUAGUCCACCGUAUAAUGAAAGUUUCAAAAUUCGAUUGAAUACAAGUGGAGGUAUAACAACGGUUAAACAAGAACACUCCAACGAUAAUCAAAGUAAGAAUGACUCUAAACAGGGAGCCAGCAAUGACUCGAGGAUAGAGUGGGAUGGUAAAAGAAAAAGACGAGCAGAUCAAAUAUCCCUUAAUGCCACUGGAAGCAAUAAACGUAAGAGAGGAGUAUCAUGUUCUUCCAAUGUUAGUAACGAUACAUCAUCAACUAUUCCUGAUAGUAAGACAUCUACUCACGAAUUAUGUAGGAAAUCUGAAAAAAAAGGAAAAUCAAUUGUAAAAAAAGAAUCAUUUUUAACAACUGAAGAACAUUAUUAUACUGCAUUAGGAGAUCCAAAUUAUGCUCUUAACACAAAACCUUGUAAGCAAGAAGAGGAUUCUACGAAUUUAGAAGUUCCUAAUUGGAGAAUUAAAAUUUAUACAAGUUGUUAUACAAUGGAGGGAACAGAAAAUUUAGAUGAUGAAAUUUUUAAUAAAAGGCAUUUGAAACUAGAAAAUGAUGAAAGAAGGAGAAAACGAUGGGACGUGCAGAGGAUAAGGGAACAGAGACACAUAGAAAAAUUAAAACAACGACAAGAACGUCAAAAUCAUCAAGCAACAUGUUAUAAUACUAAUCAUACUGGACCUUGUCCAUCAACUACCGAGGAAGAGACUGUAACGACACUAUGGCCGGAAGUUGAACAAAUACAGAGUCUUCAAGUAGAUCCUCAAUUACCAGUUUCUGCAUUUGGCGCACCUAUUCCUAGUUUUACACCUAGUGAAUUCUCCUUACCAUGGCUUCAUUCAACGAGAUCAAAAAAUCGAAGGCCAAAACGAUCGACGGGAAGAAGAAAAUCACGAAGAUAAGCAUUCAUCUAAUGUUUGUAUAAAAUUCUCAGUUGCAUUUUAGUUUUAAAUUAUAUGGUCCUAAAUAGAAUCAAAAAAAAAAAAUAUUAAGUAAUGAACACACUUCUGUGCAAAAAAUAGGCCACCAAAGAUAAUUUUUUUAUAAUUCAUUAUAUUUUUUUAAUACCGAAAAACUUGACUUAACGUACUUCAAAAUUUCGUACAAUUAGUUUACUUUUUUACAUCUUUUUGUCGAUUGCUCAGAUAUUAUUCACAUUAUUAAUUUUUAUUCAUUUUCGACAGAGUUUAUCAUUGCUUAUUUCAUUUAUUUUUUUAAUAUAUCGUGAUAUUUUUAGAUAAUCACAUAAAUUUUAUCAUUAUUUUCCAUUAUCAAGUUUGGAAUAAUAACAAAUGUACUAAUUGAUUAAAUGAGAAACAAUUUUCUUUUUUUAAUUGAUUCAUCUAUUCGAUAUGUACAGUAUUCAUUCAUUACUAUUAACAUUUAUUAUAUUUCUUCAAAACUGUAAAAAUUAUAGAGAAACUAAGAAAAAAUUAUAACUAUAUACGUAUAUAUAUAUAUAAAUAAAUAUAUUAAAUUAUCAGAAAAACUGGAAGAAUGUAAAAAU